CGCCCGCCGCCUUUUCCCCGCUGCCGCCGCCGCCGCCCGCCGGGCGCAUCCCAGCGGACUCUGUCGGGACUCGGGGCGGCGGCGCUCGCCGCCGGCCAUGGCCGUGCCCGCCGCGCUGCUCAGCCCCCACCACCUCCUCUCCUUCUGCUUCCCGGCCGCCGGCGGGCUCCUGGGCUAUGCCGACCUGGAGAAGGGCUACGAGGGCGGCGGCGGCGACGCGGGGGACUUCAGAGAAGCCACCCGGGACCUGCUGAGCUUCAUCGACUCGGCUUCCAGCAACAUCAAGCUGGCGCUGGACCGGCCGGUGAAGUCCCGGCGGAAGGUGAACCACAGGAAGUACCUGCAGAAGCAGAUCAAGCGCUGCACCGGCAUCAUCGCCGCCGCCGCGCCGCCGCCCGCCUGCCCGCCCGCCGCCUGCCCCGCCCGGCCCGCGCCGCGCCGGGAGCCCGCGCCGGCGGCGGGCAGCAGCCUGCAGAGCCGCAGCCUGGCCGCGCUCUUCGGCUCCCUGCAGCGGGGCCGGGGCGCGCCGGGCGCCGCCGAGGCCCGGGCGGGCGGCGGCGGCGCGGAGAAGGCGGCGGGCGGCCCGCGGAAGGUGCCGCUGCGGGACCGCAACCUGCCGCCCUCCUUCUUCACGGAGCCGGCGCUGCCCGGCCCCGCCGCCCGCGGGCCGCCCGCCAAGGAGCCGGAGAAGGGCGGCGGGGGCGGCGGCGCCGAGGCCGCCGAGUUCUUCGAGCUGCUGUGCCCCGAGUACGGCGCGCUGCUGCCCGAGCACGCCGCCCCGACCGACGCCUUCGGCGGCCGCCUGCCCGCCGAGCUGGGGCUGGAGCACGGGCUGUACGAGCUGCCGCUGCCCGCCGGGCCGCACCCGCUGCUGGGCGGGCUGCUGUACCCCGAGCCGCCCUGGAGCCCCGCCGCGCCCUGCAGCCCGCCCAGGAAGGCGCCGGCCGAGCCGCUGCGCCCCAUCUACCCCGGCGGCGCCGAGCCCGUGCCCGGCGGCAACGAGGAGCCCGGCGGGCCCCUGCCCCCGGGGUUCGCCCCCUUCUUCCCCGAGUGCCCGCUGCCCCCGCCGCAGCCGCCCUACGACUUCGGCGGCGGGUACCACCGCGGGGGCUACCCCGGGCUGUAGGGCGGCCGGCGGGAGCGGAGCCCGCAGCCCCGCCGGGGCUCCCACACUCCGCUCCUGUGAGAGCCCCGCGGGCACGGCCCCCGCUGCAAAUAAAAUGUGAAACUUUGGGUUUCUUCAGGUCUUUUUGUAGCGGCCGGUGCCCCCCUUUCAUCCUCCUUGCUUAGGGGCCAGGGCUUGGCCGCCUGUAGGCGGACGCGUUGCUGCACCUGUCGGCGAGAUGGGGACAGGGGCCGCGCUCCUCAGAGGCCGCGGGGACCACUCGUCAAUGAUUUCAGUCUACAUCUAAACCUCAUGUCAACACUUGAGGUGCGUUUAGCGUUUUUCCGAGGCUCACGUUUGUCAGAAGUGCUGGCAGGUGUUCAGCUGAGGACACAAAGGCGAGAAAGUGAAGCAAAAUUAAAAAUGCUGCUACCAAAACUCAGUGUACUGAAAUUUUAACAGCGUCUUGCAGGAUCUUGCAAAAAGGCAAUUUACAGUGAUUCGUAAGUUAAUUGAUGGUGUAAGUUCGGGACAAAAAUGUACUGUAGCCACUGAGGCCAUGUGAUUCCUACAGACUGUUGGAUUUCUUCCAGGAAUGUGUCAAAGCUCAGAAAGCGAUGCGGCUCCGUCUCAUUAUGUACAGGAGAUUAUUUGAUAAUCAUUUAAGUUAUGUAAAAAGAGUCUAUGAUAGGUCCUAUAAAAAUAAAGCUACACAAUAGAUCCGA